CGACAAGAAAUUCAUAUCAAUUAAUAAGAUAAAAAAAAAGCGCUGGCAGACGCGCUCGGAAAACUGGCAUGGUUUUUGGAGGCUGGCAGUUAAAGCUCAAACGUCAGAUAUGAGUUCUGGAGAGUGCUGAGAUGAUCAUUAAGGGAGACUUGGAGCGUAUGGCAGAAGACAUCGGGCAUGCAGGUGCUGGACUGAAGACGAUGCUGGAUGCCAUGGAAGUUCCAAGUCAUGCGAGGGAUCUUCUCCUGCAGCUCAACAGCCAGCGCACCAAGGGCUUUCUGUGCGAUGUCAUCAUUGUGGUGCAGAACGCACUCUUCCGAGCUCACAAGAACAUUUUGGCUGCCAGCAGCCACUACUUGAAAUCACUAGUGGUGCAUGACAAUCUCAUCAACCUCGACCAUGAGAUGGUGAGUCCAGGGGUCUUCAGGGUCAUUCUGGACUAUAUAUACACUGGCCGUCUUAGUGAAGGGGACCCCACCUCUCCAUCUGAACCCAGUCUAGGGGCUGUGCUAGCCGCAGCUAGCUACCUACAGCUCCUUGACUUAGUGGCCUUGUGUAAAAAGAAGCUAAAAAGGAAUAGCAAGUAUCUGCCCCGUCCAAGUCCAGCAUUUCUGCCCUAUCCUAAGAUGGGUCCUAGUAUGGGGUUGAGUGGCCGCUAUCGCGUUUCUACUCCUGUCAUUCAGCCAUGUCCUCCAGGAGGAAUGGUAAACAGCCUUGGCCCUCGACCACCUCCACUAGAGGAGCUUGUUCCACAUCGCCUGGGCAUCCACACAGGAGAACUGUAUGCCCCCACUUCCACACAGCCAUCUCAGGUGUUUCCUUCCUCUCCCAGCGGCCUGCCUGCUCCAUUGGGCCUACGCUCAGCCCACCCAGACACAAACUGCUCCCCAAUGUUCGGCCUGGACCUCACCAAGAAAAGCCCUAGCUCACAGUCGCAGCACACGCCCACCCAGUCCCAUCUGGUUAGCUCUCACAAUGAGGAGGAGAGAGAUGGCACUUUGAGCGGACACACCAGCCCCAUGCGUGGAAUCAAUGGACAAGCCUCCUUUCCAUCAGAUAAACUAGAGCCCAGUGACCAGACAGGCACUCUCUCUCCCCCUCCUUUCCCCCAUCUAAACCAGCCUCUGGGCCCCCACCUGCCUCAUCUGCACCGCUCCACUUCCCAAGCCAAUGAGCGCUUCCCAUGUCCAUCCAGCCCUGGUACCCCGACAGAGGGGGCAGAGACUGGCAGAGAGAUGGGCAACAUCUACCGUUGGGUCAAACAUGAGCCUGUUUCAUAUCCAGGUGAAGAUGAAGAUGAGGAGGAUGAUGAUGAAGCAGGUGAAAAUGGAGAGCAGCAUCACAGCCAUCACAAAGUGGGAGAGGAGAGUGAAGGAGCAGAGGACAAGAGUGGCUCAGGGACUGAGGAGACAGGCAGCAGUGAAGGCCGUCCCUCUCCAACAGGACCUAUGGGCAGGUUCCACAUGCCUUAUGAGCCCGAGAGCUUUGGGGACAAUCUGUAUGUUUGCAUUCCCUGUGAUAAAGGCUUCCCCAGCUCAGAGCAGCUCAAUGCACACGUGGAGACACACACAGAAGAAGAGCUGUACAGCAAUUCCGUUGGAGACAUGGUGAACGGCAAUAACAGCUGCACCAAAAACAAUAGCAGUAAUAUGAAUGGCUAUGCAGGUCUCAAUAACAGCAGUUUGUCUCACCUGGAGAAUAAGUCCAGUCAAGGAGCAGGGGGCAUAGGAGAUAUGAUUCGACCCUAUCGCUGCUCCUCCUGUGAUAAGUCCUACAAAGACCCUGCCACUUUGAGACAACAUGAGAAGACCCACUGGCUAACCAGGCCCUACCCGUGCAGUAUUUGUGGCAAGAAGUUCACGCAGCGCGGCACCAUGACUCGCCAUAUGCGCAGCCAUCUGGGCCUGAAGCCCUUUGCCUGUGACUCCUGUGGCAUGAGGUUUACCAGGCAGUACAGGCUCACCGAGCACAUGAGGAUUCACUCCGGGGAGAAGCCCUAUGAAUGCCAGGUCUGUGGGGGGAAGUUUGCCCAACAGCGUAACCUUAUCAGCCACAUGAAGAUGCACAGCAGUGGGGGGGCAGCAGGGGGUCUCACUGUGGAUGGCAAACUGAAGCUGGACUUUCCUGAGGGUAUUUAUCCCCUGACUAAAUACACAGCAGAGCACCUGGGGCUGAAGCAGGAGAAGGCCAGUGAGCUCCUCCUACAGGCGCAGCAGCAGCUAGUGGCCGAUGCAAAGGCCUUAGAGAGUCUGUAUCCCCUGUCCAAACUGGCCUCAGAGCACCUCGGACUACCCCCGGACAAGAUGGAUGUGCUGGGACCACCACUGCCCCCUCAGGCCAUCUCUGACAAUCGCACCAUCGACCGCUUCUCCCCCAGUUAAGACCUUACUCAAAGGACUUCAACAUUAGUAAGUCUUCAUACACAGCAGUAUUGUGACACUGUUCACCUCAGUAUUUUGUACACCUCAGACUCAGGCCUGACGCCUGUUGGCCUGCCAGUGCACACCCCACCAUAGGUGCCUUUAUGUGUAUCUAGUGUAACUAAACUUUUACUGCAUAAGCACUGUGCCUUUCAAUGACCAAAGAACACUUUUCAUGCUCAUGUACAGUGUGCAGCAAAGACCACUAUUCCAGCAAUUGAGCCAAAGCAACAGGUUGAAAACCAAAAUAAAGUUGUCCUAUUUA